CAAUGGUUAUAAUUAUAACGUGAUAAUUGAGAUUAAACUGUGAUAAGGAUACCGGGUUUUUAGACUUUAAAAAGAAGUAAAGACUACAGUAUUCCACGAGCACCCGUCGUUUAGUUUAAUGUCUUUGUGAGUUUAUUUCUUUAGACUUUAGUGUUUACAAAUUACAACUAAUCUUACAUUCAUAAUUCAUCGUUCAUAUUAUAUUUGAUUUCUUUCAACAAAAUUGAACUUUCCUGUUUAAACUUGAAUAAUAUUUUCUACAAAAAUGAUUAGAAUUAUUAAAGUAACUAAUCGCAUCUGGGGAAAUGUAAAUCACGCUCAAAGGUUAUCGUCGAAUGUCUUGCGUUUUUCUAUUUCUGCUGUUAAAGAUCGUUAUUAUACUGACAAACAUGAAUGGAUUGAUGUGAAAGAUAAUAUUGGUACUAUAGGAAUUUCAGAUUAUGCUCAAGAUGCUUUAGGUGAUGUAGUUUAUGCUGAGCUGCCUGCUGUUGGAACAGAAGUAAAAAUAAAAGAUGAAUGUGGCGCAUUAGAGAGUGUAAAAGCUGCAAGCGAACUAUACAGUCCAGCAUCUGGCAAAGUGAUUGAAAUAAAUUCUCAGGUGGAAACAAGACCAGCAUUAAUAAAUCAAUCUUGUUAUGAAAAUGGAUGGCUUUUCAAAUUAGAACUAUCAUCUUUGGAGGAAAUACCGAAUUUAAUGAAUGAAGAACAAUAUGCCGAAUUCAUUAAACAUGAUCACAGUUAAUGCUAAAAUAACUGUUUAUGUUAGACAAAAUUAACUAAGUAUAUAAUAUUAUUAAUUGUUUUAAAUUGAUUAAUACUCCGGGGAGCUGUAAUGCAAAUCGAGGAGCUGUAAUGCAAUCCGGGGAUCUGUAAUGCAAAUCGCGGUUCUCUCCCCGGUCCUCGACAAUACGGAAAAAAAAAAUUGAUUAAUACUUUAUGUUAUACAAGUACCAAGUAUAUGUGACUUCAGUAUUUUUUAUUUUUUUUUUGUUAUUGAUUUACUUAAGUUGUAUGCAUUUAUUUAAUAUGUAAACCUAUUUUUUUAAACUUUUAUUCAAUAAAAAAAUGUAUGAAUUAAA